AUGAAGGUCGAUACCCCCCUCAGCUCCCUGGCAAGCAGCACCAGCGGCACCAUCACCAUCACCAUUGACAAGGAUGGCGGGUACGAAGUCAACGGCAUCCCCCGUGAGCCUAUCGUCUCCUUAAACGUGCACACUGGUGCUUCCAAGCUGCGCCGCUAUCUGCGUGAGUCAAAUGAGCUGAUCGUCUGCCCUGGCGUGUACGAUGGUCUGUCAGCGCGGAUUGCCAUGCAAGUCGGCUUCAAGGGACUCUACAUGACUGGAGCAGGAACAACAGCUUCUCGCCUUGGCAUGGCCGAUCUGGGUCUUGCUCAGCUACAUGACAUGCGAACCAAUGCCGAAAUGAUUGCUAAUCUGGACCCCUUCGGGCCACCUCUAAUUGCUGAUAUGGAUACUGGAUACGGCGGCCCUCUGAUGGUCGCCAAAUCCGUCCAACAGUACAUCCAAGCCGGCGUGGCAGGGUUCCACAUCGAAGACCAAAUCCAGAACAAACGCUGCGGACAUCUAGCCGGCAAACGCGUCGUCUCACUCGAGGAGUACCUCACUCGGAUCCGUGCCGCGAAGCUAGCCAAGGACAGACUGCAUUCGGAUGUCGUUCUCAUUGCGCGGACCGACGCCCUGCAGCAGCACGGCUACGAUGAGUGUAUCCGCCGUUUGAAGGCAGCGCGGGAUCUCGGUGCUGACGUCGGUCUCCUUGAAGGGUUUACCUCCAAGGAGCAGGCGAGGCAAGCAGUUAAAGACCUGGCACCGUGGCCGCUGCUGCUGAACAUGGUGGAGAACGGAGCGGGCCCGGUGAUCACCGUGGAUGAGGCGCGGGAGAUGGGUUUCCGCAUCAUGAUCUUUUCCUUCGGGACGCUGGCACCUGCUUAUCUGGGUAUCAAGACGGCGUUGGAGAGACUCAAGAAGGAUGGUGUUGUUGGGAUACCCGAUGGAUUGGGGCCAAAGCAUUUGUUUGAAGUUUGUGGGCUGAUGGAGUCUGUGCGGGUUGAUACUGAAGCUGGGGGGGAUGGCUUUACCAAUGGUGUGUGA